UGUGUUCUUCUGACAUCAUUACUUAUGCAAAAUGGCGUCCGACUCUGAAUUGAAGUACAUGUCUGGAUUUGGCAAUGAGUUUGCCACAGAGGAUCCCCGUUGCCCUGGAGCGCUGCCUGAAGGACAGAACAACCCCCAGAAAUGUGCCUAUGGCCUGUAUGCUGAACAGUUGUCUGGAACAGCCUUCACUGCACCACGGGAGGAGAACCAGCGCAGUUGGCUGUAUCGCAUUCGACCAUCGGUGUUGCAUGAACCCUUUGUGAAGACAGGACGAGGUAAUCUGACACAUGACUGGGACCGUGUGGAACCCAACCCGAACCAGUUACGAUGGCAUCCUUUUGACAUCCCACAAGAAAAAACAGACUUUGUGCAGGGGUUGUCCACGGUGUGUGGUGCAGGCGAUCCAAAGUGCCGGAGUGGGAUGGCCAUCUAUAUCUACGUCUGUAACACCUCCAUGGAAGACAAGUGCUUCUACUCUUCAGACGGUGAUUUUCUCAUAGUUCCCCAACAGGGUGGUUUGUUCAUAACAACAGAGUUUGGACGUAUGAAGGUCGACCCCAAUGAAAUCUGUGUGAUUCAGCGAGGUAUUCGGUUCAACGUGGCUGUGACAGGGGACACACGAGGCUACAUGUUGGAGGUCUUCAAUGACCACUUUGUGCUGCCUAACCUAGGACCAAUCGGAGCUAACGGACUGGCGAACCCCCGUGACUUCCUGACUCCUGCAGCCUGGUAUGAGGACCGUGACGUGGAGGAGUACGCUGUGAUCAGCAAGUAUCAUGGACACCUCUUCUCUGCUAAGCAGAAACAUUCACCAUUUGAUGUUGUUGCCUGGCAUGGAAACUAUGCUCCCUACAAAUAUGACCUGUCCAAGUUUAUGGUGAUAAAUGCAGUUGCCUAUGAUCAUGCUGAUCCCUCCAUCUUCACAGUGCUCACACCACCCUACUACCAUCAGUGUGUACACCUUCAGACCAACCACCCUACUACCACAGUGAGUACGCUUGGUCAGUACAGUGAGCACACCUUCAGACCACCCUACUACCACAGGAACUGCAUGAGUGAGUUCAUGGGUCUUAUAUAUGGUGCAUAUGAAGCUAAGGAAGAGGGGUUCCGCCCCGGGGGAGCCAGUCUGCACAGCUUGAUGACGCCACACGGACCUGAUGGUGAAUGCUUUGAGAAAGCUUCAAGUGCUGAACUGAAAGCAGAGAAAAUAGCCACUGGGACUAUGGCAUUCAUGUUUGAGUCAUCCUUCAGUAUGGCUGUUACUGAAUGGGGCAACAAGAAUAAAGUUGACCCCAAUUAUUCCCAGUGCUGGCAGACUCUGCAGAAACACUUUAACUCAAACUGGAAACCCAAUGGUGAUGGGAAGCAGCAGAAGACUUUCACUUUCUAGACAAUAAUGAGGACAAGACAAACACUAGACAGUGGAGCCCCGAGUUCGUCUGGCAGCUAGGAGAUGGGUCAACCUCGGUAUAUUGCUUGUCAGAUCAAUCUGACUUAAUACUGAUAUAUGUGUUCUUGAUAAAGUCGUGUGUUCGU